GUGUUGUUCAUCAGGUUCGCCAAGUGCCUCGUAUCUCCAGCUGCCUAAUCGGGUUUCGUCGUUCAGCUUGGCGGCAUGACGAAUAUGCAACUUCCCCUCAACUCCAGGAAGUUGAUCAAAGAGAUUGCCAUGGAAGGUAAGAGUUGCAUUAUAUGUGACUUGGCUGUGAUAAGAUCUCGUAUGUAAUGGAAGGGUUUAUAAGCACGGUCUUGCAUCUAUAUUUCACAAACAUUGUUUUUCAUUUGGCUCAGGUUGAAGGAAGUCGAAACCAUGAGACUGAGCAAUCUAAUUCUGCUUGCUCCACUGGUGGCAGGCUCACCUCUUGAAGCCAGUCGAGCCUCAGUCCCUCGCAACGUGGGUACCAGCUAUGAUGGAUAUCACAUCUACAGUAUCACUCCUUCGUCUGCCAAUGAAGCUCGCGACCUAGCAAAACAAUUCUCUCUCUACCAUACCCAUCCCAUCCGCGACACCUUAUCCGUGGCCAUCCCACCUGAAGAAGUUGCCAGUUUCGAGAGCCGUGGACUGAAGACGCGCCUAGUCAAUUCUGACUUGGGAGCGCACAUUCGAUCCAUUGACAGCGGGCCAAUUGAGUACAGUCGCACAUUGCACAAGCGUGGCGAGCUACCUGAUCUCUCGUGGUACGACACGUACCAUCCGUACGCGGACCAUCUGGACUACUGGGAUGACCUAGUACAUGCGUUCCCAAAGAACUCUAAGAAGUUCCCGCUUGGAAAGAGUUAUGAGAACAGGACUAUCUAUGCCUUUCAUCUUUUCGGAGAUAAGAAGAAAGGCGGCCAUGGGCCAAAGACAAAAGACAAGCCCGUCAUCCUUUGGCAUGCUACUGUCCAUGCUCGAGAGUGGAUUUCAACCAUGGUCAUCGAAUAUCUCGCCUACCAACUCAUCGACGGCUACAAAUCCGGCAAUGCCAACGUGACCGCCUUCCUCGAUCACUACGACUUCUACCUGGUCCCCUUCCACAACCCAGACGGCUUCGUCUACACCCAAACCACCGACCGCCUGUGGCGCAAGAACCGCCAGCCCCGGCCCUCGAUAAACACGACCUGCAUCGGCACCGACGGCAACCGCAACUGGAAAUUCGAAUGGAACGCUGAGCCCCCCGAGGGCGGCUCGACGCCCGACCCCUGCGGCCAGACCUACCGCGGCCUGGCACCCGGCGACACGCCCGAGAACGCCGCGCUGGACGCGCUGUCCGCGCGCCUGUCGAAACAGGGCCAGGGGCUCCGCUCCUUCAUCGACUUCCACUCGUACUCGCAGCUCGUGCUGACGCCCUGGGGCUACUCGUGCGAUCCGCUGCCGGAGACCAUCGAGCGGAUGGUGUACGUAGCCAACGGGACGGCGCGGGCGAUCGAGGCCGCGAGCGAGCGCGGCAGCGUGUACGAAGCCGGCCCGGGUUGUCAGAUUCUGUAUUUCUCGACGGGGAAUUCAAGGGACCACCAUCAUGCGACGCAUGGGGCGGACCAUUCGUGGACGCUGGAGUUGAGUCCAGCGGAUGUGGCGGGUGGCGGGUUUGUGCUGGAUCCGAAGGAGAUCUGGCCCGUGGUGAAGGAGCAAUGGGCUGGGCAGUUGUAUACGUUGAGGGAGGUGUGGGAGAACUAGGGGUUCACGGAGGAUAAUCGGUGUAGAAUGAGAAUGAGAUGAGUCGGCCGAUUUGUGGGUACGAAUGGAUGGUAUUCAACUUGUCAACAACUG